AUGGAGGGAGUGGAGAAAGUCGCGGCGGAGAACCCGCUUCUUGACCGCCUACGCGAAAAGCAUGCCGAACUUUUUCGGCAGCGCACGUCCGAAUUGCAGAAGACCCUGGAGGCGGAACACUCAUUUGCAUCCAGGAAGAUGCACAAUCUUCCGCCAUCGCUGGAUUUGAUAUCCGAUGAAAUUAUCAUUGCGCUCAACGAAAUUGGCACGCGCUGUGAGGAGUACGCGGUGCCGCAGGUGGGGCAACUCCUUAGGGACGUUAGAAUGAUGAUGAAUCGACAGCUUCGGGAGGCGUACGCCUCGCUGGAGGCGGGCUACAAAUCCGCCUUUCACAAAUUAGAAGAAGAGGCUGAGGGGUCCCGCCGACGGCCGGAGGCGAGCAGCACGGCACAAAAAUCGGUGGGCAGGGCGAUGUGGAAGUUACAGGCGGAAUCAAGUCCCCCCAACGAGGAAUCAAGCCAAAGUACAUCUUCUUCCAAAGAACGACUAAGAAAGCGGAAUACCGUACCGAAGACUCUGAGAGUGAGAGAUACAUUUUUGGCAACGUUGGGCUUCUUUGCGGAAACAACGGCUGUUUUGCUUCGCUGUGAAGUUGUUCGAAUUUUUCUUUACGAUGAAUAUGAGAACUUGAAAUGUUGCGCUCGAUUUCCCUUCAAUAGCACUUUGGGCGAUCCAACCUCGGGGAAUGACAUGGAGUUGAUGCUCGCGAGGGAGUUGCAUUCAACGGUCUGUAAAAAGUGUAUUGCAGUCAACGGGAAGGAAGCGCGGCUUGUUGCCAUGAGGGAGCGCGACCGUGAUGCCUUGGAAGAGGAGCUUCAGCAACUUGGAUGGCACUCCAUGACGAGCUGUCUUAUUUUUCCCAUCUUUUCAAGUGCUGGCUGUGGACGGCCCUUUGGAAUGAUCCACGCAGUGAACAAACAAGGUGUCUCUUUCGACCGAACAGGUACGUUUGACGAGAAUGACGAAGUUUUUAUGUCUGUGACGGCGCGAUUGCUUGGCUGUCUACUCACCCGUUACCCCACAAAAUUGUUUGUGCUAUCUGUGGGAGAAAAAUUGCGGAACUGUAUUCCCUCCUCAUUAAAAGGGAAUGAGGAGUCUCACUUGCCACCAAUAUUGCAGGAUGAAGUCAAAGGGGCUGCAGAGGUUGGCAAUAAGGCAAACCAGAUGUUUACGCGCGUGUUAUUGUACCGUGCACCAAUCAACGUUAUAUAUCAAACACGGUCACUGCGCAAGGAGGUCCGUAAGCUUGAAUCACUGAAUGUUAUUGAUAGGGCUCUUUCUACAGUAGAGUUUGAUAUUGCUGCGUUGGAAGAGCUUUGGCGAGUUGGACGUGAAGAAAAUAUUAUUAUGUAUCAACAGUGCCAGCGGCUCAAUGAGCAGUUGAACGCGCUUCAACUUUUACUUAGGAAUGUUCUUGAUGCCAUUGGUGCAUCACGGGUAUUAUGCAGCAUGAGUGACUUGGUACGUUACAUUCAGGCGCUGGAGGUUUAUGCUCGCCAAGAGAAUAUUUCAAUGAUUACUGAAUUAAUUUCUGGGGUACUGAUGAGCCCCCGAACUGGCGUAUCUGUGCCACCGGAGUCGGGGGAAACCUCCUCUGAUCGCCUCUCUCCCAGUGAGAUGAUUCGAAUUGAGCGCCGUGUCGCCCAGACGCCACUCAAGCUGAAGUUUGGUGCUCAGGCACCGUCUAAUGUCCGCACUUACUCGUACGAUCCGGAAAAAAAGAGAGAGAAGGUAAGAUUUCUUAACCAGCUUGCCGAGGAACGAGAAACGGAUUUUGUUGCGAAGUUUGCAGUGAAACCGGUCGCGCGGCAUGAGGCUGAAACAAAGGCGACGAUUGCAAAGAAGGUAAAUCAACCAGUCCCCUUUUUGGUGCAGUUUGGACCGACUGACUACGCGUCCAAGCGGCCCUUUCAAAUUGGAAAUAGUUAG